AAAAAAAAGACGCUUUUCUUUUUAUUGUUUCACUUCCAUCCCUGUUUCCUUAUCGACUGUUCCCAAUUGGAAAACCACGGCUUGCUUCAUCCUCUGAGUCGUUUAGGCGACCUUAAUUACGAAUCCAGCUCUUAAUACUCACAAGCAGUGUUAGAAAAAAGAUACACAAGUCUCAACUUUUUUGACUUAUUUGUUAGCUUGGGUAUUAUGCACAGAUCUGGAGCAACGAUGGCUUGGAACGUGUUCAAGUUUUGCACGGCUCUCAGGGGUCUGGGCUCGAUAAUGAUCCUCUUGGUUCUAGGGAUCGUGGGUGUCACUUAUUACUCUGUCGUUUUGACUAUUUAUGGCCCAGCUUUAUUCGAUGGUGGCUUUGGUUCUCUUACUGCUGCUGUUAUCUUGCUCUUGUUUCAUUGUUUCCUGGUGAUGCUGUUAUGGAGUUACUUUUCUGUUGUUUUGACGGAUCCGGGUGGCGUGCCACCUAACUGGAGGCCAGCUAUGGAUGAGGAGAGAGGGGAGGUUGACCCGUUGAACGGUUUGGAGUUUGACAGUUCGCAGCCAGACACAUUAAAUCAAAGAAUUCGAUAUUGUUGGAAAUGCAACCAGCUGAAACCACCUCGCUGCCAUCAUUGUUCUGUUUGUGGGCGGUGUGUGCUAAAGAUGGAUCAUCAUUGUGUGUGGGUUGUGAAUUGUGUUGGUGCACAAAAUUACAAGUAUUUCCUGCUUUUCUUGUUUUACACAUUCCUCGAGACCACUCUUGUGACUUUGGCCUUGUUGCCACAUUUAUUAGCAUUCUUCAGUGAUGGAGAAGUCCCUGGAAGCCCCGGCACCCUUGCUACCACUUUCCUUUCCUUUGUUUUGAAUUUGGCAUUUGCAUUGAGCGUCUUGGGGUUUUUGAUCAUGCACAUAUCUUUGGUGGCAGCUAAUACCACAACUAUUGAGGCAUACGAGAAGAAAACCACUCCAAAAUGGUGUUAUGACCUUGGUCGGAAGGAAAAUUUUGAACAGGUGUUUGGAACCGACAAGCGAUACUGGUUCAUUCCGGGUUAUUCAGAGGAGGAUUUACGACGGAUACCAGCACUUCAGGGUCUUGAAUAUCCAUCAAAGCCUGAUUUUGAUUCCCAGGAGUUCUAAAAUAGAAA